GCGCCGUAGUUCCCACUCAGGGACAACCUAUGUGUUUUCCUCUUGAGCUAAAGCGCACUGUGCGCUUCCUCACACAUCUGGACAACAUGGACCUAAAGCGCGUCGCAGAUUGACGCUCGUGUCCGAGCAUUAAAAAAACCCAAAUCGAGUUACUUCACUGCUGCUGUCCCCAUCACCUUCAUCACCUUCAUCAUCUUCAUCAGAGCCUGCGGGAGCAGGAAGCAGAGGAAGAUGGGCUGCUGCUCGGCACGAUGCAUGUUGAUCCUCCUGUGCUGUCUGCAGUUGAUAACUGCGCUGGAGCGGCAGGUGUUUGACUUCCUGGGCUACCAAUGGGCUCCCAUCAUGAUCAACUUCCUCCACAUCCUCGUGGUCAUCCUGGGCCUGUUUGGUGUCAUCCAAUACAGGUCACGCUACGUCCUUAUGUACCUGCUGUGGAUGUUGCUGUGGGUCGGCUGGAAUGUCUUUGUUAGCUGUCUCUACUUGGAUCUGGGGGGUCUUUCAAAGGACAACGAUAUCCUCUCCCUGGGGGUAUCGUUGCACCGCUCGUGGUGGAAGGAUAACGGGCUGAGGUGUGGAAGCGAGGGCCUUCCCUCCGCUGGGUGGCAGAACCAGCAGAACCAGCAGAACCAGCAAAACCAGCAGAACCCCGAGCUGACCACAGUGCUCAGCUGCUGGCUGGAAUACCAGUACAUAGAAGUCCUGCACUGCAUCCUCCAGCUGCUCAUAUCGCUCCCGGGGUUUGUUUAUGCCUGCUACGUCGUCAGCACUUUCUUAGAUGAGGAAGACAGCUUUCAUAUCUUUGGAGAAUUCAGUCAUCCAUCCAAACCCUCUCAGUUGUUCUUCUAGUGUAAAGACCUGCGGAUUAUAAAUAACCACGCAGAUAAAGUGGUUGAGGAAAGCCCAGAAGGAACCGAACAGAAGGGAAGGCAACUUUGAAGACUGCCUUUGUGACGUUGCUUCAGCCCGGUUCUCAAAAACUCCUCGUCACAGAUGCUGAACCUCACUGUGCACACACUCUACACACUCUACACACUCUACACACUGAACAAUCUCUACAGUUCUCCACUGUCAAGAGGAGAAUUUCACUGCAUGAAACUUGUAGACCUAUUCAUGACGGUUU